GACGUGUGGAGGUAAAAGGUCACUCUGUCUAACGUGUCGUCAGACUGUCACCCGGUGUCACCGUGCCGGGGUUGCUGCUGAUUCACCCAUCCAUAUACUGAGCACCUACCGUCGUAACAACUGUAAAAAAUUAAAAAAUGGCCAAAAAGCGGAGAGAUGUACGAGACUCGGACAAUUUGUCCUCAUCGGCGCAGACGGAAGUGAAGUCUGGCGACAGAGACUCUAAGCUUCUGAAAGAGGCUCAACAAAGUAUAGGAGGCUCAACACGCAUGUCUCUGCUAAUUCUGGCAUCAAUAUUUGCCUGCUCUGCCUCAGUCAUGUACUUGGUCUACAGGAACUUCCCAGAACUUCAAGAUGAUGAAAUGGAAAAAAUCAAGAUCCCUAAAGACAUGGAUGAUGCCAAAGCUUUAGGAACAGUGUUGUCCAAAUAUAAGGACACCUACUACACCCAGGUGUUGGUGGCAUAUUUUGCAACAUAUAUUUUCCUCCAGACGUUUGCUAUCCCUGGAUCAAUCUUCCUCAGCAUCCUGUCUGGCUACCUUUACCCUUUCCCUUUGGCUCUUUUCUUAGUCUGCUUGUGUUCUGGACUUGGAGCUUCCUUCUGCUAUAUGUUGUCAUAUCUGGUGGGCCGACCGGUGGUCUACAAAUACCUCACAGAGAAAGCACAAAAAUGGUCCCAGCAGGUUGACAAACAUAGAGAUCAUUUAAUCAAUUACAUCAUCUUCCUGAGGAUAACCCCCUUUCUUCCAAACUGGUUCAUUAACAUCACCUCUCCGGUCAUCAACGUGCCUUUGGGGGUGUUCUUUGUCGGAACCUUCCUCGGAGUGGCGCCGCCGUCCUUCGUAGCGAUCAAUGCUGGAACAACGCUGUACAAGCUCACCACAGCCGGCGAGGCCGUGUCCUGGAACUCCCUGGCCGUGCUCGGCAUCCUCGCCGUUCUCUCCAUCUUGCCCGUCUGCUUCCAGAAAAAGCUGCAGCAGAAACUCGAGUAAAACUCUUCAAACACCUCAGCAUCUUCUUCGCCGACUGACCCUACGGUUCCCUUUGGUCGGCUCAGGACCUCAGCCGUCGCACUGUAACUGCUUUUGCGUCAGUCUCGUGCACAGCUGCUGGCGUGCCGUUCGUGGAGAAGUCAUAACAAGCACUGACCACAAAAUGCAUGCUGUGGUGGAUUUCUUUUUCUUUUUUUUUUUGCUCAUGCUAAGCAACAUGUAAACUACUUCUGUGCAGAAUUAUUUUCUGUGACUCAUGUUGCUGAUUCUGGCACAGUUUGUAAAUAAGAAAUUAGAUUUAUUUGUUUUUAUUUAAGGCACUGCUUAUUUUUUAUUCUUUCCAGACAAGUACAGGUGCUAUUGGUAGGAUCCUUUCAUGGUCUUGCUGCUGUGCACAGGUUGUUAUUCUGUCUGCAGCAGUGCCAUUAGUAUCUUAUUGAAACUGUAGUGAACAUCCGCCUUUAAAGUCACCAGAGCAAUGGUUGGCUAUGUCUAGCUGAAUAACACCUUCCAAACGGUCAAGUCUUUAAUUCUAUUAAUAUUUAUUUGAACAUUUUUGUGUCUUUUUUUAUCUCAAUUGUCUGUACCACCACAGCAAUAAUGUGACACUGUUCUGUUUUGAUUUUAUUUUUUAAUGCUUAAUCUUUUGAGGUGAAAAUGGAUGUUCUAACUAAAAUUGUGCCUGGAUUCUCUGCCACACUUUUCCCUUUUUAACCUCUAUUUUAAUAUAAGCAGCCUAAAGAAGGACUUUGCUUUUUUCCCAAACAUGCUCAAGCUUAAUGUUUCAUUUCCUGAGAAGAUUUCCAGGGAUUGAUACUCUUCUGUUAUCUUUAACUUAUUCAAAGUAAAUAUUAAUGAGAGGGGGUUUAUUAGAGCUAUUAAGAGGUCUGUAUUUGUAUGCUUAAAAACACUAUUGACUUUGAAAAUGGAACUUAUGCAUUUGGUGAGGGAAAUCAAUAAAUUAUGAUUAAUGCAAUCCUAUCCCUUUUUCCUAUGUAGUCAAAAACUUCUAACUUCAUAUUUCUCGCAAAUGCCGAUUCUCCCAAAAAAAUUAAUAAAUAACGCAGGUACAUUUUGAUUGCUAUUACAGUGACGUUUUCUACAGAGUCCCAUUACCAACCUCCGACUGAAUAUUUAUUUGUUCUUAAUGGUAUUUUAUUCCUAAGAAAGUAGAUAAUUUUUGUCAUCCCCUUUUUCUUUUUCUUUUUUAAUUGCAGUAUUAUUCUGUGCUGAAUAGUGAAGUCCUUCUGUUUCUGUAACAACCGGAUAAGUUUAUUUCUGUCCAGACUAAGUUUUUUUAAUUCACCAAUUAAAAUGUUUUUACUUUGCAAUUAAACUGCUGUCUGUAAAAAGAGCAUGUUUGUUUUUUUGUAGAUGCUUGAUGUUUAAUUUCUCAAGUAUGAGGUUUUAAUGGAUGGGUUAGUUCUUUGUGUUCAUAAAACAUUAAGUUCUCUUGAA